AUGCAUGUGUUCUUAUUGCAGAAUGAAGAUCUGGAAAUCUUAAAUUCUGAAUAUGGAAAGAACAUGAUUAAGCUUCUUCGCAUUAGAAGAGAUGGCAAGAAACACUGCAUUAAAGAAGUGGAGGCUUGUGUACAUCUUAGACUGGAUUCUGUCAGCGAGUACUCACAGGGAGACAAUUCUGCUGUUAUCCCUACUGACACCAUGAAGAACGCUGUCAUUGCUUUGGCAAAAUGCAACGGGAUUGAAACUAUAGAACAAUUUGCCCUGGAUAUCUGCAAUCACUUCAUUUCCUCAUAUUGUCAUGUGGUGUACGUCAAGGCGUAUAUUCAAGAGGCACCAUGGCGGCGUGUAGAACAGAAUGGAGUUCCCCAUGCCCAUUCCUUUAUCUUUGUUCCUGAAGGAAUUCGCUUUUGUGAAGUUGAACAGUGUCAGGAUGGCUGUCCACUUAUUUCUUCUGGAAUUAAAGAUCUGAAACUUAAGAAAACAACACAGUCUGGCUUUGAAGGCUUCCACAGGGACAAAUACACCACACUGCCUGAGACGACCGACAGGGUUUUAAGUGCAGAACUAUUCUGCAAGUGGUGCUAUGGCAAGUGCCAAGAUAUUGACUUUGACUGUGUAUGGGAUAUUGUUCACGAGAGUGUCCUUGAGGCAUUUUCUGGGCCACCUGACUGUGGGGAAUACUCACCCUCUUACCAGAAGACUGUCAAUGAUAUUCAGAUGCUCAUCCUGGCAAGAGUUCCUCAGAUAGAGGAGACUGAAAUCAUCUUGAACAACAUUCACUAUUUUGUCACAGACUUGAAGAAACUGGGAUUGACCAAUGAAAAGGAGGUUCUGAUCCCAGUGGACACUCCCUAUGGUUCUUGUACAUGCGUACUCCGUAGGAAGAAGUGCUUAGAAGAGCAAGCCUAA